AUGCAAGCCGCCCCAAUACUCCACAUGGUCUCUCUUAUCAGAUCUGAAUAAUCCCGCAAAUAUCACAGUUAGGUGUCGAGCUUCUCGCUCGUCGCCUCCAUCAUUCCUCUGGAGUAGCCAUCAUUCCCGAUCUCAUACUUCUCGUCUCAUUUCACUGUAAUUUGACUCAGCUACGUCCACUGCUCCGCAUCCCGCCUCUCCGGACAUAUUCCAGCCGUGUCCGAGAGACAUUUGACCACGUUUCCAGUCACGGAUCCGCCAAGUAUAAGGUCCAACACAUCUCCGACAGUCUCUGUCUCCUGCACGCGGUUUCUCUAAAGUAAACACUCUAUCUUGCAGAGCUUGUUUUUCCGUGAAUCUGAAGCAUGGAUGAUGUAAAUAUAGGAGUUGUAAAGCACGAAGUUUAGGUCUUGAGUUGGAUUUUUGCAUAUUUCUGGAUUGCUUUUAGUGUUAAGAAUGGGGAUGCUGUGCAGUAAACACCAGCAGCACAAUCAAUCUCAUUCAGUGGAUAAUGCACAAUCUGUAGAGAUAGAAAGGCGGAUUGAACAAGAAGCCAAGGCUGAGAAGCACAUUCAAAAACUUCUUCUACUUGGUGCUGGAGAUUCAGGGAAGUCUACAAUCUUCAAACAGAUAAAACUUUUAUUUCAAACAGGUUUUGAUGAUGCAGAGCUUAAGAGCUAUAUCCCUAUCAUCCAUGCAAAUAUCUAUCAGACAAUAAAAAUACUAUAUGAUGGGGUAAAAGAACUAGCUCAGAAUGAAAAUGAUUCCACGAAGUAUGCAAUUUCAGACGAAAAUAAGGAAAUUGGGGAAAGACUUUCUGAAGUUGGAGGCAGGUUAGAUUAUCCUAUCCUGACAAAAGAUAUGGCACAUGAGAUAGAAGCCUUGUGGAAGGACCCUGCUGUACAGGAAGCAUAUUCUCGCUGUCAUGAGCUUCAGGUUCCAGAUUGUGCAUAUUAUUUUAUGGAAAAUUUAAAAAGAUUUUCAGAAACUAAUUAUAUUCCCACGAAGGAUGAUAUCUUGUACGCCCGUAUUCGAACAACUGGCGUUGUGGAAAUCCAGUUCAGCCCAGUUGGAGAGAAUAAAAAGAGUGGUGAGGUAUACCGUCUUUUUGAUGUUGGAGGUCAGAGAAAUGAGAGAAGAAAGUGGAUCCAUCUAUUUGAGGGUGUGACAGCAGUAAUAUUUUGUGCUGCUAUUAGUGAGUUUGACCAGACUCUAUUUGAGGAUGAAAACAAGAAUCGGAUGAUGGAGAGCAAAGAACUUUUUGAGUGGGUUCUAAAACAACCAUGUUUUAAGAAAACGUCAUUCAUGUUGUUUCUUAACAAAUUUGAUUUGUUUGAAAAGAAGGUGCUAAAGGUGCCUCUCAAUGUAUGUGAGUGGUUCAAAGAUUACCAGCCAGUUUCCUCGGGAAAGCAAGAGAUUGAGAAUGCAUAUGAGUUUGUCAAAAAGAAAUUUGAAGAGUCAUAUUUCCAGAACACCGCCCCUGAUUGUGUUGACCGGGUAUUUAAGAUCUAUAGAACCACAGCACUUGACCAGAAGCUUGUAAAGAAGACUUUCAAACUGGUAGAUGAGACUUUGAAGAGGAGAAACCUGCUUGAAGCAGGUUUGUUGUGAUACACAUACAGCUAUAUAACGGAUGAUUACGUUGAUGGAUGCACGAUGUUUUGGAUCGAAUUUGCUCUUGCCAUUUGAUAUAGCUUGAAAGUUUUGUCCGGUGUGUACCAUAUCAAAGAGGUUUAUUCUUUCUCUUAACCUACAUUUCUCAAUCUCUUAACAUGUCCAUGGGAGUUUCAUACCAGAAGGAAUUGAAAAUAUUGGCUAUCGUUUCACUUGAUUCUCCAUUGCUGUAACUAUAUUAAUAACAUGUUCAUUGAAAGAGUGAGUUGUAUAUGAACCGCUUUGGUUAUACAUCGGU